AUGGAUGAGGAAGGUCGUUUGAGAAAUAUCUUUUGGGCGGAUGCGAGGUCUAUAGCGGCUUAUGAAGCUUUUGGUGAUGUAAUUUCCUUUGAUACAACAUACUUGAAGAAUAAGUAUGACAUGUCAUUUGCUCCAUUUGUCGGUGUAAAUCAUCAUGGGCAGAAGUGUAUGUCAUGCAAGGCUUCUAAAGCAAUUAUUACAAACCAGUGUAUGGCUAUUCAGGGUGCAGUUAGAUUGGUUUUUCCAAAUUCACAUCACCGCCUUUGCCUUUUGCAUAUCAUAAAGAAGGUUCUCGAGAAGCUUGCAGGUUUAAAUAAAUACAAAGCAAUCAAGAAGAUUUUGAAACACAUCACAUAUGAAGCAGUGCAUUCUCAAGAGUUUGAAUACACAUACUUUAAGAUGAUGGCAUACUAUAAUAUUGAGAAAAAUGAAUGGUUGAAUUCUCUGCUCAAAAUUCGUGAUCGUUGGACUCCUUUUGUUGAGCAGUAUGAUAAUGCCUUCAAAAGCAAGAUUGAGAAGGAGAACAAAGCUGAUUUUGCUUCAUUUAACUCGUUCUGCUCAUUUCAGGUGUCCGACAUUGUCAAAGGGAAAGAAAGUACAUCUAGAAAGCAAGUGGUAUACAAUGUUUACACUAACGAGGAAGAAUUUGACAUUAAAUGCUCGUGUCAGUUGUUUGAGUUCAAAGGGAUUAUUUGUAGACAUAUUUGCAAGGUGCUUAUUGAGAAGAAUGUGAAAGACAUUCAUUUUAGGUAUAUUUUACCACGAUGGAGGAAGGACAUUAAAUGCAUGCAUACAUAUGUACAAAACUGUUAUGAUGACCCACAAACCAGUGAGAAGAAACUACAGUACAAUAAAUUGUGCUCUUAUUUUACUAAAGCCGCAGAACUUGGAGCAGAGUCAAAUAACAAAUACAACUUGUUGAUGAAAUAUGUGGAUGAGGCAAUUGAGAAGUUGAUGGACAACACAAUUUGUAAGGAAAAGUUUACACCUAUGUUGUCGGAGGCGACUAUUGUGCCAUACCAAACUCCUUCGAAGGUGCGGAGUAGACCUGUCCAUGGGCCGGGUCGGGCCGUGUUCGGGCCGGGCUUGAAUCAAAAUUACUAA